UUCAUCUCCGUUGGACACAGCUAUCCAUAUGCAGACAUCUGAGGUGGAGGUGGGAAAAGGGAGGAGGAAAGGAUGGGGAGAAAGAGGGGAAGAAAAGAGGUGGGAGGUGGGGGGGUUCGUUAAUAUGGGGUUUGUUCAUAGCUGGGAGAGCAUGAUGACCACACCGGCGGCCAUCCUCAUCUAACCACCGUGUGAACGAGCGGUGAUAGCGGGGGCCUUCGCCCUCAUUCAGUGGGCUCGCCGAAGCGUGAGCACACAUCCCCGCAGGAGAUGAAACCGCAGUGAUUUAAAAGCGACCCAGUCUCCCUCUUCCAAAAUCCUCUAUUCUCUCUUUCACUCUCUCUCGCUCUCUGAGAGGAGAGAGAGUGAGGACGGGAUGAGGGAUGGAAGGAAGGGGGGGGUCAAAGGCUACAGGCUUGACUGCUAAAGCGUCAUUGACAACAGCCACCUAUCAACAAGGGCCUUGAUUGAUUGAGGCCCACAGUCACUCCUUCCCAAAGAAGGGAGAAAGAUAAAAGAAAACAGAGGAGAGAGAGUGGGGCCUAAAGGAGGGGGAAAAUGACCAAUGAGAGCACCUCCGACCCUCUCUCAGCCUCCAGCCCUCUCUCAGCCUCCAGCCCACCCUCAGCCUCCAGCCCUCUCUCAGCCUCCAUCCCACCCUCAGUCUCCAGCCCUCUCUCAGCCUCUAGCCCUGUCUCAGCCUCCAUCCCACCCUCAACCUCCAGCCCUCUCUCAGCCUCCAGCCAUCUCUCAGAUUCCAACCCGCUCUCAGCCUCUAGCACUCUCUCAGCCUCCAGCACUCUCUCAGCCUCCAGCCCUCUCCUGCCUCCAACCCUCUCUCAGCCUCCAACCCUCUCUCAGACUCCAUCCCUCUUAAAGCCUCCAGCCCUCUCUCAGCCUCCAGAACUCUCUCAUCCUCCAACCUUCUCCCAGUCUCCAGCCCUCUCUCAGCCUCCAACCCUCUCUCAGCCUCCAACCCUCUCUCAGUCUCCAACCCUCUCUCAGUCUCCAACCCUCUCUCAGUCUCCAGCCCUCUCUCAGUCUACAACACUCGCUCAGCCUCCAUCCCUCGCUUAGCCUCCAAACCUCUCUCUGCCUCCAACUUUGUCUUAGCCUCCAGCCCUAUCUCAGCCUCCAGCCAUCUCUCAGACUCCAACCUUCUCUCAGCCUCCAGCCGUCUCUCAGACUCCAACCCGUUCUCUGCCUCCAGCCCUCUCUCAGCCUCCAUCCCUCUCUCGCCUCCAACAAUCCCUCAACCUCCAACCCUCUCUCAGUCUCCAACGCUCUCUCAGCCUCCAGCCCUCGCUCAGCCUCCAAAAUUCUCUCAGCCUCCAGCCCUCUCUCAGCCUCAGGCACUCUCUCAGCCGCCAACUCUCUCUCAGCAUCCAGCCCCCUCUCAGCCUCCAGCACUCUCUCAUUCUCCAACCAUCUCUCAGCCUCCAGCCCUCUCUCAGACUCCAGCCCUCUCUCAGACUCCAGCCCUCGCUCAACCUCAGCCCACUCUCAGCCUCCAGCGCUCUCUCAGCCGCCAACUCUCUCUCAGCAUCCAGCCCCCUCUUAGCCUCCAGCACUCUCUCAGACUCCAGCCCUCGCUCAGCCUCCAGCCCUCGCUCAGACUCCAGCCCUCUCUCAGCCGCCAACCCUCUCUCAGCAUCCAGCCCUGUCUCAGCCUCCAGCGCUCAAUCAGCCUCCAACUUGCUCUCAGCCUCCAGCCCUCCCUCAGCCUCCAAUCCGCGCUCAGGCUCCAACCGUCUCUCAGCCUCCAGCCCUCUCUCAGACUCAAGCCUUCUCUAACCUCCAACCAUCCCUCAACCUCCAACCCUCUCUCAGUCUCCAUCCCACUCUCAGCAUCCAACCCUCUCUCAGCCUCCAGCACUCUCUCAGACUUCAGCCCUCUCUUAACCUCCAGCCCCCUCUCAGCAUCCAGUGCUCUCUCAGCCUCCAACUUUGUCUUAGCCUCCAGCCCUAUCUCAGCCUCCAGCCAUCUCUCAGACUCCAGCCCUCUCUCAGCCUCCAACCCUCUCUCAGCCUCCAACCCUCUCUCAGCCUCCAACACUCUCUCAGCCUCCAGCACUCUCUCAGCCCCCAACCCUAUCUCAGCCUCCAACACCUCUCUGUCUCCAGCCCUCUCUCAGCCUUGAGAACUCUCUCAUCCUCCAACCUUCUCCCAGCCUCCAGCCCUUUCUGAGCCUCUAACCCUCUCUCAGGCCCCAGCCCUCUCUCAGCCUCCAGCCCUCUCGCAGCCUACAGCACCCUCUUAGCCUCCAGCACUCUCUCAGACUCCAGCCCUCGCUCAGCCUCCAGCCCUCGCUCAGACUCCAGCCCUCUCUCAGCCGCCAACCCUCUCUCAGCAUCCAGCCCUGUCUCAGCCUCCAGCGCUCAAUCAGCCUCCAACUUGGCUCCUCAGCCUCCAGCCCUCCCUCAGCCUCCAAUCCGCGCUCAGGCUCCAACACCGUCUCUCAGCCUCCAGCCCUCUCUCAGACUCAAGCUCUCUCCUCCAACCCUCUCUCUCAACCAUCCCUCCCUCAGACUCCACCCUCUCAACUCACCCUCUCUCAGUCCUCCAUCCCUACUCUCAGCCUCCAACCCUCUCUCAGCCUCCAGCACUCUCUCAGACUCCAGCCCUCUCUCUCCAACCAUCCCUCAACCAACCCUCUCCAGCCUCCAACGCCUCUCUCAGCUCCACUCGCUCUUAAAGCCUCCAGCCCUCUCUCAAACCUCCAGAACCUCUCUCAUCACUCCACCUCUCCAGCCUCCACCUUCCUCUCAUCUCCAACCCUCUCUCAGUCUCCAACCCUCUCUCAGUCUCCAACCCUCUCUCACGCCCAUCCCUAUCUCAGCUCCACCCUCCCUCGCCUCCAACCCUCUCAGCCUCAACAUCUCUCAGCCUCCAACCCUCUCUCACUCCACCUCUCUCUCCAACAGCCUUCAAUUUCCAACCCUCUCACCUCUCCAGCCUCUCUCAGCUCCAGCCAACGCCCAAAUUCUCAGCUUCCAACCCUCUCUCAGCCUCCACCUUCUUCAGCCUCCAACACCCUCAGCCUCCAACCCUCUCUCCACCUUCCUCAGCAUCUCUCUCGAGCCUCAUUAUCACUCCUCAGCCUCCACCUUCUGUCCUCCAAUCAGCCUCCAACCCUCUUCCAGACUCACUCUCUCUAUCAGCAUCCAACCCUGCUCAGCCUCCAACCCUAUCCAGCCUCCUACCCUCUCUCCCUUCAGUCUCCAGCAGGCUCUCAGCCUCCAGCCCUCUCUCAGUCUCCAGCCCACCUCUCAGCUCCAACCUUCUCUCAUCCUACCAACCCCCCUCAGCCUCCAACCCUCUCUCACCUCCUUCACUCUCUCAGCCUCCAGUCUCAGCCUACCUCUCUCAGUCUCCAGCCAUAUCUCAGCUUCCAACCUCUCUCAUCUCACCCUCUCAGCCUCCAGCCUCUCACUCCUUCACCUCUCAGCCACUCAGUAUCUCGCUCCAACCACUCUCCAGCUUCCUCCCUCUUAGCCUCCAGCACUCUCACAGCCUCCAACCCUCUCACAGCUUUCAUAUCUCUCUCGGCCUCCAACACUCACUCAGCCUCCAACCGUCUCUCAGCCUCCAAACCUCUCUCAUUCUACAGCACCUUAUCAGCCUCCUACCCUCUCUCAGCCUCCUGCCCUUUCUUAGCCUCCAGCAGGCUCUCAGCCUCCAGCCCUCUCUCAGUCUCCAGCCCUCUCUCAGCUUCCAACCUUCUCUCAACCUAAAAACCCUCCCUCAGCCUCCAACCCUAUCUUAACCUCUUGCACUCUCUCAGCCUCCAUUAGUAUCUCAGCCUCCAGCCCUCUCUCAGUCUCCAGCCAUAUUUCAGCUUCCAACACUCGCUCAGCAUCCAGCCCUAUCUUAGCCUCCAGCACUCUCACAGCCUCCAACCCUCUCCCAGCUUUCAGAUCUCUCUCGGCCUCCAACACUCUCUCAGCCUCCAACCCUCUCUCAUCCUCCAACCCUCUCUCAGCCUCCAGCUCUCUAGCCUCCAGCACUCCCACACCAUCCAACCCUCUCCCAGCUUUCAGAUCUCUCUCAGCCUCCAACUGUCUCUCAGCCUCCAACCCUCUCUUAGCCUCCAACCCUCUCUCAGCCUAAUGCCCUCUCUCAGCCUCCAGUAGUCUCUCAGCCCCAAGCCCUCUAUCAUACUCCAUCCAUCUCUCAGUUUCCAACCUUCUCUCAACCUCCAACCCUCCCUCAGACAUAUCUCAGCUUCCAACCCUUCCUCAGCCUCCAGCCCUCUCUUAGCCUCCAGCACUCUCACAGCCUCCAACCCUCUCACAACUUUCAGAUCUCUCUCGGCCUCCAACACUCUCAGCCUCCAAACCUCUCUCAGGUUCCAACCCUCUCUCAGCCUACAGCACUUUAUCAGCCUCCAACCCUCUCUCAGCACUCUUUCAGUCUCCAGCCCUCUCUGACUCCAGCCCUCUCUCAGCCUCCAAUACUCUCUCAGACUCCAUCCCUCUUAAAGCCUCCAGCCCUCUCUCAGCCUCCAGCACUCUCUCAGCCUCCAGAAUUCUCUCAGCCUCCAACCCUCUCUCUGUCUCCAAACCUCUCUCAGCCUCCAUUCUUCAAUCAGCCUCCAGCCCUCUCUCAGCCUCCAGCCCUCUCUCAGCCUCCAACCCUCUCUCAGCCUCCAACCCUAUCUUAGCCUCCAACCGUCUCUCAGCCUCCAGCCCUCUCUCAGACUCCAGCCCUCUCUCGUCUCCAACCAUCCCUCAAACUCCAACCCUCUCUCUGCCUCCAAACCUCUCUCAGCCUAAAAACUUAUCUCAGCCUCCAACCCUCCCUCAGUAUCCAACCCUCUCUCACACUCCUGCCCUCUCUCAGCCUUCAUUAGUCUCUCCGACUCUCAGCUUCCAACCCUCUCUCAGCCUCCAGCCCUGUCUUAGCCUCCAGCACCCUCGCAGGCUCCAACACUCUCCCAGCUUUCAGAUCUCUCUCGGCCUCUAACACUCACUCAGCCUCCAACCGUCUCUCAGCCUCCAACCCUCUUUCAGGCUACAGCACUUUAUCAGCAUCCAACCCUCUCUCAGCCUCCAACCCUAUCUCAGCCUCCUUCCCUUUCUCAGUCUCCAGCAGGCUCUCAGCCUCCAGCCCUCUCUCAGUCUCCAGCCACCUCUCAGCUUCCAACCUUCUCUCAUCCUCCAACCCUCCCUCAGCCUCCAACCCUCUCUCACCCUCCUUCACUCUCUCAGCCUCCAUUAGUAUCUCAGCCUCCAGCCCUCUCCUAGUCUCCAGCCAUAUCUCAGCUUCCAACUCUCUCUCAGCCUCCAGCCCUCUCUUAGCCUCCAGCACUCUCUCAGCCUCCAACCCUUCUCAGCCUCCAUUCUUCAAUCAGACUCCAGCCCUCUCUCAGCCUCCAGCCCUCUCUCAGCCUCCAACCCUCUCUCAGCCUCCAGCCCUUUCUCAGCCUCCAACCCCCUCUCAGCCUCAUCCCACUCUCAGCCUCCAUCCCUCUCUCUUAGCAUCCAGCUUUUCUCAGCCUCCAGCACUUUCUCAGCCUCCAGCACUCUCUCAGCCUCCAACCCUCUCUCAGCCUCCAACCCUCUCUCAGCCUCCAACCCUCUCUCAGCCUCCAGCUCUCUCUCAGCCUCCAACCCUCUCUCAGCCUGCAGCCCUCUCUCAGCCUCCAGCUCUCUCUCAGCCUCCAACCCUCUCUCAGCCUCCAAUCCUCUCUCAGCCUCCAGCCCUCUCUCAGCCUCCAGCUCUCUCUCAGCCUCCAACCCUCUCUCAGCCUCCAACUCUCUCUCAGCCUCCAGCCCUCUCUCAGCCUCCAGCUCUCUCUCAGCCGCCAACCCCUCUGUCUCCAGCCCUCUCUCAGCCUCCAACCCCUCUCAGCCUCCAGCCCUCUCUCAGCCUCCAGCACUCUCUCAGCCUCCAGCACUCUCUCAUAAUCCAACCCUCUCUCAGCCUCCAGCCCUCUCUCAGCCUCCAAUCCUCUCUCACCCUCCAACCCCUCUCAGUCUCCAGCCCUCGCUCAGCCUCCAACCCUAUCUCAGCCUCCAUCCCCUCUCAGUCUCCAGCCCCCUCUCAGUCUCCAGCCAUCUCUCAUCCUCCAGCCCUCUCUCAGACUCCAGCCCUCUCUCAGACUCCAGCCCUCGCUCAACCUAAGCCCCCUCUCAGCCUCCAAUGCUCUCUCAGCCGCCAACUCUCUCUCAGCAUCCAGCCCCCUCUCAGCCUCCAGCGCUCUCUCAGCCGCCAACCCUCUCUCAGCAUCCAGCCCUGUCUCAGCCUCCAGCGCUCAAUCAGCCUCCAACUUGUCUCAGCCUCCAGCCCUCCCUCAGCCUCCAACCCUCUCUCAGGCUCCAACUGUCUCUCAGCCUCCAGCCCUAUCUCAGACUCCAGCCCUCUCGAAUCUCCAACCAUCCCUCAACCUCCAACCCUCUCUCAGUCUCCAACGCUCUCUUAGCUUCCAACCCACGCCCAGCCUCCAACCCACUCUCAGCCUCCAUUCCUCGCUCAGCCUCCAAACCUCUCUCGGCCUCCAACCCUCUCUCAGCCUCCAGCCCUCUCUCAGACUUCAGCCCUCUCUCAACCUCCAGCCAACUCUCAGCCUCCAGCGCUCUCUCAGCCUCCAACUUUGUCCUAGCCUCCAGCCCUAUCUCAGCCUCCAGCCCUCUCUCAGCAUCCAACCUUCUCUCAGCCUCCAGUCCUCUCUCAGCCUCCAGUGCUCUCUCAGCCUCCAACCCACUCUCACCCUCCAACCUUCUCUCAGCCUCCAACUUUGACCUAGCCUCCAGCUCUCUCUCAACCUCCAGCCCCCUCUCAGCCUCCAGCGCUCUCUCAGCCUCCAACUUUGUCUUAGCCUCCAGCCCUAUCUCAGCCUCCAGCCAUCUCUCAGACUCCAGCCCUCUCUCAGCCUCCAACCUUCUCUCAGCCUCCAGCCCUCUCUCAGCCUCCAACCCUAUCUCAGCCUCCAACCUUCUCUCAGCCUCCAGCCCUCUCUCAGCCUCCAGAACUCUCUCACCCUCCAACCUUCUCUCAGCCUCCAGCCCUCUCUCAGUCUCCAACCCUAACAUAGUCUCCAACCCUCUCUCAGCCGCCAACCUUUUCUCAGCCUCCAACCCUCUAUCAGCCUCCAGCCCUCUCUUAGCCUCCAGCACUCCCUCAGCCUCCAACCUUCUCUCUGCCUCAAGCCCUCUCUCAGCCUCGAGAACUCUCUCAUCCUCCAACCUUCUCCCAGCCUCCAGCCCUCUCUCAGACUCCAUCCCUCUUAAAGCCUCCAGCCCUCUCUCAGCCUCCAACCCUAUCUCAGCCUCCAACCCCUCUCAGCCUCCAACCCUCUCAGCCUCCAGCCCUCUCAGCCUCCAGCUCUCUCUCAGCUGCCAACCCCUCUCUCAGCCUCCAGCUCCCUCUCAGCCUCCAAUACUCUCUCAGUCUCCAACCAAUCUCAGUCUCCAGCCCUCUCUCAGCCUCCAACCCUGUCUCAGCCUCCAACCCCUCUCAGCCUCCAACCCUCUCAGCCUCCAGCCCUCUCUCAGCCUCCAGCCCUCCCUCAGCCUCCAACCCUCUCUCAGGCUCCAACUGUCUCUCAGCCUCCAGCCCUAUCUCAGACUCCAGCCCUCUCGAAUCUCCAACCAUCCCUCAACCUCCAACCCUCUCUCAGUCUCCAACGCUCUCUUAGCUUCCAACCCACGCCCAGCCUCCAACCCACUCUCAGCCUCCAUUCCUCGCUCAGCCUCCAAACCUCUCUCGGCCUCCAACCCUCUCUCAGCCUCCAGCCCUCUCUCAGACUUCAGCCCUCUCUCAACCUCCAGCCAACUCUCAGCCUCCAGCGCUCUCUCAGCCUCCAACUUUGUCCUAGCCUCCAGCCCUAUCUCAGCCUCCAGCCCUCUCUCAGCAUCCAACCUUCUCUCAGCCUCCAGUCCUCUCUCAGCCUCCAGUGCUCUCUCAGCCUCCAACCCACUCUCACCCUCCAACCUUCUCUCAGCCUCCAACUUUGACCUAGCCUCCAGCUCUCUCUCAACCUCCAGCCCCCUCUCAGCCUCCAGCGCUCUCUCAGCCUCCAACUUUGUCUUAGCCUCCAGCCCUAUCUCAGCCUCCAGCCAUCUCUCAGACUCCAGCCCUCUCUCAGCCUCCAACCUUCUCUCAGCCUCCAGCCCUCUCUCAGCCUCCAACCCUAUCUCAGCCUCCAACCUUCUCUCAGCCUCCAGCCCUCUCUCAGCCUCCAGAACUCUCUCACCCUCCAACCUUCUCUCAGCCUCCAGCCCUCUCUCAGUCUCCAACCCUAACAUAGUCUCCAACCCUCUCUCAGCCGCCAACCUUUUCUCAGCCUCCAACCCUCUAUCAGCCUCCAGCCCUCUCUUAGCCUCCAGCACUCCCUCAGCCUCCAACCUUCUCUCUGCCUCAAGCCCUCUCUCAGCCUCGAGAACUCUCUCAUCCUCCAACCUUCUCCCAGCCUCCAGCCCUCUCUCAGACUCCAUCCCUCUUAAAGCCUCCAGCCCUCUCUCAGCCUCCAACCCUAUCUCAGCCUCCAACCCCUCUCAGCCUCCAACCCUCUCAGCCUCCAGCCCUCUCAGCCUCCAGCUCUCUCUCAGCUGCCAACCCCUCUCUCAGCCUCCAGCUCCCUCUCAGCCUCCAAUACUCUCUCAGUCUCCAACCAAUCUCAGUCUCCAGCCCUCUCUCAGCCUCCAACCCUGUCUCAGCCUCCAACCCCUCUCAGCCUCCAACCCUCUCAGCCUCCAGCCCUCUCUCAGCCUCCAGCUCUCUCUCAGCCGCCAACCCCUCUGUCUCCAGCCCUCUCUCAGCCUCCAACCCCUCUCAGCCUCCAGCCCUCUCUCAGCCUCCAGCACUCUCUCAGCCUCCAGCACUCUCUCAGCCUCCAACCCUCUCUCAGCCUCCAGCCCUCUCUCAGCCUCCAGCUCUCUCUCAGCCUCCAACCCUCUCUCAGCCUCCAACCCUCUCUCAGCCUCCAACCCUCUCUCUGCCUCCAGCUCUCUCUCAGCCUCCAACCCUCUCUCAGCCUCCAACCCCUCUCAGGCUCCAGCGCACUUUCAGCCUCCAACCCUAUCUCAGCCUCCAACCCCUCUCAGCCUCCAACCCUCUCUCAGCCUCCAACCUGCUCCUAGCCUC